AUGGGCAGAACAAGUAGAGGGUUUCAUUCUCAACCUUCAGACCCAGCAAGAUCUAGAGAAACCCAUCGAUGGGAUCUUGUGAGAAACCCCCACCCACCUUCUGCGCCCAGAGUCAGAGAUCUUGAACAUGCCUUGAAUGUGUUCGAUGAAAUGCUUCAAAGAAGACCUAUGCCUUCUAUCUUCCGCUUCAUUCAGAUAUUGGGUCAACUUGUGAAAAUGAAACAUUAUUCGGCUGUCAUCGCUAUGAAUAAACAAAUGGUUGAGUGCGGAAUUCGUCCUGAUCAGUGUACUCUAUCUAUUAUCAUGAAUUGCUUUUGCCAUUUAAAUCAAAUGGGAUUUAGUUUAUCUGUGUUGGGACACUUCUUCAAAUUGGGUCGUCAAUCGAAUGUCAUCAGCUACAAUACUCUAAUCAACGGCUUUGUUCUCAAGAAUAGGAUUCAAGAGGCAGCAGGGAUUUUCAGCAAAAUGUUGCAGGGAGGUCAUUGCGUUCCCAAUGUGGUUACUUUCAGCACAAUUAUAAAGGGACUCUGCCGGAGGGGUGACAACAAUGCAGCUAUUCAGUUGCUCAGGAAGAUGGACGAAAGAGGUUUUAAGGCCAACAUAGUCAUUUAUAGCACGAUCAUUGACAGUCUUUGCAAGGACACACUAGUUGUUGAUGCAAUGAACCUCUUCUCCGAAAUGAUUAGUAGGGGAAUUGCUCCAAACGUUGUUACUUACACCUCUUUGAUUCAAGGAGCUUGCAACACAGGUCAGUUUGAAGAAGCUACAAAGCUGUUAUAUGAAAUGGCGAGUAGAAAUAUCUACCCAAAUGUAGUCACCUACAGUGUCUUGGUUGAUGGACUUUGUAAGGAGGGGAAAGUCGUGGAAGCCAAUAGUGUGGUUGAAAUCAUGAUCCGAAAAGAUAUUGAGCCUAAUGCGAUUACCUACAAUUCACUAAUGGAUGGUUACUGUUUGCGAGGUGAAAUGGGUGAAGCAAGAAAAGUCUUUGAUCUAAUGCUUGGCAAGGGUGGCAUGGUUAAUGUAUUUAGUUGUAACAUAUUGAUAAAUGGAUACAGCAAACAUAAAAAGAUUGAUCAGGCCAAUGAGGUUUUUGAGGAAAUGUUUCGUUUGGAAAUUCUUCCCAAUACGAUUGUUUACAACACUCUUAUUGACGGUUUUUGUAAAGCAGGGAGAAUGCAAGAAGCAGAAAAGUUGUUCUCUCGGAUGCUAAGUUGUGGCCUACUUCCAAAUGUUCAAACUUAUGCCAUUUUGCUUGACGGCCUAUGUAGCAGCCAACAACUUUCAAGGGCAAUGGAACUGCUUAGAGAGAUGGAAGACAACAAGAUGGAACUGAAUAUUGUAAUUUACAACAUUAUCAUUAAAGGUAUGUGCAAAGCUGGAAGACUUAAAUCUGCAACAGACUUCUUCUCUAGUUUGUCAUCAAAAGGAGUUGUGCCUGAUGUGUGGACAUAUAACGUGAUGAUUAAUGGACUCUGUAAUGGAGGCCUGUUGGUUGAAGCGGAAAAGCUACUUAGAGAAAUGGAAGCGAAAGGCUGUUCUCCAGAUGGUUGUACAUAUAACAUCAUCAUCCGAGGGUUUAUUAAUAACAACGAGAUAUCAAGGGCUGUGCAACUUAUUGAAGAGAUGAAGGGAGAUGGGGUUCUCUGCAGACGCAUCAACUAUGGAAUUGGUAAUUGA